GAGCCGGCUCUCCCGGGGCAGAGCCCCAGACCAGCCCCGGCGGGGUGAGCCCUGCUGCCGCUUUCCUUCUCCCUAUGAGCCGGGCGGCCGCGGCCGGGAAGUGUUGCCGGGGAGCGCCUGGCGCAGCCGCCGCUGUCCAUGUUGGAGGGAGCUAGCACCGAGAAGGAGCCCCUGCUGCCUGCCCGGACAGCGGGCCGCGGCCACCCGCACAGGGGAACCUUCGGGGCCGGCGACUGCCCCGAUCCCGCGGCCUCCUGCACCGUCGAGGACGCUGCUGGAGCUGCCCAUGAUCUUUACAUAAACCAAGCUGUAGUAUUUAUUGAAGAUGCAAUACAGUAUCGUUCCAUAAACCACCGAGUGGACUCCAAAUCGCUGUGGCUUUAUCGAUGGUACUAUUCAAAAAUUUGCCAGUGGGUUUUGAGUCUCACCAUUACUCUAAUCCUGGCUCUGGCUUUCAUUGAAACCCCUUCUUCGCUCACGAUCACGUCGGAUGUACGAUAUCGCGGCACAGCCUGGGAGCCUCCUUGUGGCCUGACUGAAAGUAUAGAGCUGCUUUGUUUCCUCGUCUUUAUAGCUGACGUCUCUGGGAAGAGUUAUUUAAUUGGUUGGGAAGAAUUUCGGAAAACGAAAUGGCUGCUGGCUUAUAUCCUGACACUGGUGGUUUCCCUUAUCGACUGGACUGUGUCACUGAGCUUUUCUUGUACAGAGACUAUAAGAAUAAGACGAAUUCUCCGGCCCUUCUUUCUCCUUCAGAACUCCUCUAUGAUGAAAAAGACAUUAAAAUGCAUCAACAGCACUCUGCCAGAAAUGGCAAGCGUUGUUCUGCUGCUAGCUGUUCACUUGUGUCUCUUUACCAUGUUUGGUAUGCUGCUGUUUGCUCGAUCAAAGGAUAAGCAGCAGGACAAGGAAUGGGUGGGAUAUUUUCACAAUUUGCCAGAUUCACUGACUUCACUGCUGGUGCUGCUGACUACUGCAAAUAACCCUGACGUGAUGAUUCCUGCAUAUUCUAAGAAUCGAGCCUAUUCUAUCUUCUUCAUACUCUUCACUGUGUUGGGAAACUUGUUUCUGAUGAACUUGCUGACAGCGAUAAUAUACAAUCAGUUUCGAGGAUACCUUCUGAAAUCGGUUCAGUCCUCGCUCUUGAGGAGACGUUUAGGAAUCCGGGCUGCAUUCGAAGUCCUGUGCUCCCUGAAAGAGUGUCCUGUCAGUACAAAUGAAUUGUGUGUCAAUGCUAAUACCUUACUACAAGUGCUUCAAAAAGUUGAAAUGGAUUUUUGCUGCAAGCAAGCCAUCUUGAGGACAGUUCGGUCAUGCCCUCAUGGCAUACUGUCAGCUGCCCUGUUUCAGAAACUCUUUGAUGAACUCGACAAAGAUCCUGUUAAACAGCAUCCUCCCACACCAGAGUACCAGUCUCCUUUUCUGCAGAAAGUGCAGUUUGCUUUUGGCCAUCACUUCUUUGGCUACUUAGGGAAUGUUGUAGCACUAGCAAACAUUGUUUCUAUCUGUGUCAUCUUGGUAAUGGAUGCAGAUAAGCAGCUUUCUGAACGGGAUGACUACUUCUUGGGGGCUAUAAAUUGUUUUUUUAUCCUGUACUAUCUGCUGGAAAUGCUGCUGAAAAUACUGGCAAUGGGAUUUAAAAGAUACAUAUCGUACCCAAGCAAUAGAUUUGAUGGAUUUCUGACUGUUAUUCUGCUGGUUUUGGAGGUCUCAACUUUUGCUGUGUAUGGAUUUCCUCAUCCAGGCUGGAGACCUGAAAUAAUGGGGUUGCUGUCUCUGUGGGAUAUGGUGCGCCUGGUGAAUAUGCUAAUCGUAUUCAGAUUUCUGCGGAUUAUCCCGAACAUGAAGUUCAUGGCUUUGGUUGCCAGUACAUUGCUGGAUCUGGUGAAAAACUUAAGAGCCUUUGCAGGGCUGCUGGUGGUGGUUUUCUAUGCGUUUGCUAUAACUGGCAUAGGGCUAUUUAAAGGUGCUGUUGUUCCUAUGGGAAAUAUCAGUGUUGUCAAUGCAACAUCUGGUAACAGCACCUUGCAGUGUGGGACCUAUGAGCAGUUGGAGUAUUGGCCAAACAACUUUGAUGACUUUGCUGCUGCGGUAGUAACUCUCUGGGAUAUCAUGGUGGUGAACAAUUGGCAAGUUUUCCUGGAUGCAUUUUCAAGAUACUCAAGUCCGUGGUCAAAGGUCUAUUUUGUAGCCUGGUGGCUAAUUUCCUCUGUCAUUUGGGUCAAUUUGUUCGUAGCCUUACUUCUGGAGAACUUUAUUCACAAGUGGGACCGUCACUCCCAUCGGCAGUCUCUCUCAGAAAUUGAAUACCAGACAACGGUGGAAUUAAUGUUCAGGGAUGUUUUGGAAGAACCUACAGAGGAAGAGCUGAUGGAAAAACUGCACCAGCAUCCACACCUGCAACUGUGUAGAUGACAGAUUGGUGGGAGGACCAGUUUAUUUAUGCCUUUUUUUGCAAUAAGGUUGUCAGCUGGAGGACUGAUUAUUGCAGUGAAAUUGAAUGUAUUUUCUGUAAAGUGCUGUUAACCUGAAAGCUUACAGGAAAGCAUGUAACAUUUUAGUUGGCAUUUUGAUUUUACUCUUGAACACCACCUACAAUGCAGAGAACUGCAGGGAGAACUUUUUUUUUAAAAUAAUCUGCUCCUUUUUUAAAAAAAAACAUUAAAUUCUUCUAAUGUGACUUGAUUUUAGUCAUUUUAUGGGAAUAUGCAGCUGUUAUUUUUUUUAAGUGUCAGGACAAGUAGUUGUAGACCAUUUUAUUUGAUUUUUUUUUUUAAGAAGGAAGAGAGUAUUAAAAUGACAGUGCACUUUAAUGCAAACACUUCUAACCACUAUGCUUGCUGCUUUUUUGUACCAUAAAUAAUGGAACUGCCUAUUCUGGCAUUCAGCGUGUGCCAAGGACCGUGCUUUGAAAUUCUUGAAUGAAUUAGGCAGAGUCAUGCUCUAGAUUCUCAGCCUUUUUGUAAUAAGGGAGAUCGAAACACUAUUUUUAUUGAAAUAUGAUGCCAGCAUUCUUUUAUUUACUAAAUGUUCAUAAUUGUACAAUCCUGUUCAAAAGUUCAGGUCGAAGGUGGAGAUAGUCUGUAUCACAGUUUCCUUUUUUUGGCCGGUGUUAAGGGCUGUGCCCAUGUGGUGAUUGCAUUAUAUUGAUAACAUUAUCAAGGUCAGUAUAAUUUUGGAUGGAACAAACGUGCCCUUGUUUUACAAUCUGGAAUAAUUAAGCUCUACUUCAGAGAAAAUAUGCUCAUGUUGUUUUGAAAAUGAGCUCUUCCUUUUUGCAUUCUGACAAGUCUUGUUUUCCCUGGAUUCAUAUUGAGCCACAAUUUGUUUACUUUUGCAAGAAUUUUAGUGGAAAUCCUGUGCAAAAUAUAGCCAUGUAUCCACCUUGGGUGGAUGGGGAGCAGGCAGUAAUGUUCAGGCUUCCCCCUUAUAAUCUAUACCUGUAUAUAAUAAAUUGAUUUUUAAUUCAGGGGAGUGGAUUUAGGAUAGUAUGUGGUACCAAAAUCAUUUUUUUUUGAGCUGGAUGGGACAAAUCCUGCAAGGUACUGGGCUGCCUCAUUUCUCACUGUAGUCCAUGGAAGCUUGAGGGUGCUUAGAAUCAUGCAAGAUCAUAUCCUUUGUGCUAGCUGUUUUCCCCAGUUCUGGUUAAACAUUUAUUGUAUCAUAGACGUCAGAGAUGGGGGGGAAGGGCCUAUUAGGUCAUCUAGUCCAUCACCUUGGAAUCAACACAGGAUUGUUCCCUAUUUUCUAGCUUUUUUUCCAAUACAGUUCCACAGCAAGACACUCGCACAGUUGAACAGCUUCCACUAUCUGAUGCAUCUCAUCAGUAGGAAGUUAGCCUAAUUUUUUCUUAUUUUAGUGUAAGCCAGUUACUCUUGGUUAUCACUCUUUAACCGCAUUAAGCAUUCAUAGAAUCAUAGAAUAUCAGGGUUGGAAGGGACCCCUGAAGGUCAUCUAGUCCAACCCCCUGCUCGAAGCAGGACCAAUUCCCAGUUAAAUCAUCCCAGCCAGGGCUUUGUCAAGCCUGACCUUAAAAACCUCUAAGGAAGGAGAUUCUACCACCUCCCUAGGUAACGCAUUCCAGUGUUUCACCACCCUCUUAGUGAAAAAGUUUUUCCUAAUAUCCAAUCUAAACCUCCCCCACUGCAACUUGAGACCAUUACUCCUCGUUCUGUCAUCUGCUACCAUUGAGAACAGUCUAGAGCCAUCCUCUUUGGAACCCCCUUUCAGGUAGUUGAAAGCAGCUAUCAAAUCCCCCCUCAUUCUUCUCUUCUGCAGGCUAAACAAUCCCAGCUCCCUCAGCCUCUCCUCAUAACUCAUAAUUCCUUUAACUCCGUCUUGUUUCUAUACUCUGUAUACUUGGUGAAUUAUGUAUGUUCAUCCUGCCAAGUGAGCCUGUCCGUUCCUGUAUGCUUGGGAUGUUUUUAUUUGGCCAUUAUGUUCCAUUGUUUACCAAAGUAGCAUAACUUGGUGUGAUAUUUGUAUAAUCUACAUAAAUCAUGUCUCUUGUAUGCAAUCCUUGCACAUGGACAGAUGUGCAGAGAACAGUCUAUUUUAGUGCUUUGUUUGUUUGUUUAUAUAUUGGACUGGGAAUGUAAUGCAGAACUACAUACAGGAAAUAGCGUGUCUAAUAUAAAUUGUACUGUAAGAGGUAAAUUACUGUGUGAUACAACUCUUAUGCUUUAAAUGCACAGAGACUUGAAUAGAAGUAAAACAGAAGGCUUAAUUGGUAAAAA